UUUGAUAAAAGUGUCUUUCGCGGUAAAAAUGAUAUUAAAGGAUUUUAAUAUAAAUUUGCUUGCAAAGCUUUUAACACAACAACUUGAACAAGUAAACUGUAUCGAGUGUUGUAAAUUUUAUUCUGUUCCUGUGACUGCAGAGUGUGGACAUACGCUGUGCAAGGGCUGUUGGUAUGGAAGAAAGAAUUGUCCUGUAUGUGCUCUAACAGUUGAUAAGAAAAUUUAUAAGUUAAAUCUCCCCUUACAAAGCCUUACUUCUCAUGUUCAAACUCUUAUUCAAUGUUUUGAAAACUUAAUGAAUAUUAAAUUGGCUGAGUUGGAAAAUGUCUCAGAUUGGUUGGAGGAUUCUCAAAACAAAUUUUCAGCCCCUGUCAGUAGCCUCUCCACACAAGAUUUAAACCCAGAUGUUGAAUAUUUAACAAGCGAAGCACAAAUUCAUACAUCAAAUGUUAAACUAACCCAUCAAACUAAGAAAGACUCUGUCCAGAGUAUUCAAGAUGAUUGGGACAAAAUAGAAAUAUUAGAGGAUGCUGAAGACUGUAUCAAACACAAAGAGAAUGUUACAGAACCAAUAGGCACAGAAAUAAUGGAUGUAGAGGAAAUUGAAUAUACAUCAGUAAAUCCACGCAGAAGUACACGGAAAAAAGAAAUAAGCAUCAACAAUGAAUUUGAUGAAAUUCAAAAUGAAAAGGCAGAAUCAAUAAAAUCAAUCAAAUCAGUACCAAAACAAACGACUAAAAUGAAACAAACAUGGAAUCAAGCCAAGAAAAUGAGACAAGAGUUUAGUAGGUUAAAUAAAGAAAAUAGAAAUAAACUAAAUGUAUCAAUUGAAACAGUUAAAAUACCUCAAGUGCCAUGCAGUAAAACAAAAUUUGAAAAAGAAAACCUUACCACCAACAUAGUUAAAAACACUACAGCUAAUGAAUCCAAUAAGGAAAGUAAUCAAAAAAAAAGUGUGAUCGCUCCAAAUUUUGCGAAUCCAGAUUCUAUCAUAUCAAAUAAUCAAGACACUGAAAAAAGCAUAGACAAAACAAAUGAAUGUGACUCAAUACAUCAAAGUCUUUCAAACAACAAAAAUAACACUUCCCUUGAUAGUGGAAAUCCUUGUGAUAAUGAAGAAAUUAUGUCACCUAAAGUAAAAUUUUUAAAGAAAGGAGCAUUACAUGUUAAGCCUCAAACACCUCAUACAAUUAAUCAACAUCAAACAAAAAGAUCAGAUGAUGUCUUAAUAACAAUUAGAGUUGGCAAAGUCACAACAAAUGUUUGUAUAAGCCAAGAUGAUAGUGAUCCUCAAGUAAAAAUCCAUAUAGAUAAAGACAUACAAAAAUCUUCAAGACCAAAAAAUACUGAAAAUAUCCACAAUAAUGUAAUAAUAACUGAAGACAAAUCAACACAAUUUAAUUCAAUUAAUUCAACUUUUCAAAAUAAAACUCUAUUAUUGAAGAAUGCUGAAUUACAAAGUCAUAAAUAUAUUAAUUCUGAUUCAGCAAAGAAAAACACUGCUUCUGCUGAUACAAGAACUGCACAGUUUGAAAUAACAGCUAGCUGUGAAAAAGAAUUACCUGAUAUACAAAAUGUUGAAGAUGAAAAUAGACAAAAUACUAUACAAAGUCAAAGAGAUAAAAAAAAUCAGGGUUCCCAAAGGGAGAUUAUUCCAGAAGACAUGGAAGGAAUAAAUGAUAUAUUUGAUAGUGAAUUUUCAAAAAGUCUAAGUAAGUCAUUAAAAGCAUCUAAAAAUGUCCCAUCAACAAUAUUAGUUCCGACACAGAAUAAAUCAAAAACAUAUACACCAGUGGAUAAGAGGCUAAGAAGUUCAGAUUCUGAUGAACUACCUUUGGAAAAAAAACAAAAACUCAAUACAGAAAAUGUAACAUUGCGAAAUCGAACAAAACUGACCUGUGAAGAUAGUGAAUGUCCGAACUACGAUACUGUUAUGGAGAAAGUUUUUGCUAAUAUUGAUGCAGAUAUUGGAAUUAAAAAUAACGGAAAACCUACCGAAUCUUUUAAUAAAGCAAAUUCUACUAAAAAUACUCAAGUUGUCUUACAAAGUCAAAAUUAUGACCACAAUAAUUUUGAUAAUCAAAAGGAUAGUGAAAAUCUAUUUUCAAAUUGUGAUAAUGAUGCUAUUACUCAAUCAAAUAAAUUAAACACACAAAGAAAAGUCACAAAUGUUUCUCAUAAUAACUCAUUGACAUCUAAUUUGCGUCGAGAAUUUAUUACUCCAGAUGAAGAAAAUAUAGAAAAUGAGAACAUAGAAUUAGGAACACCUAUGAAUGAUGAUUCUGAUGUCAGUAUUGUGGAGGAAACACCACAAAAAAAUGUUUCCAACAUAAAGGUGAAGCAAAAAUCGGGAAUAUCUUCUAAUUUCAACGACAUAAGUGAACAAUCAGAUGCAGAUAUUAUUAAAAAAGCGAAUAUAAAAAAGAUUGAUUACACAUCUAAAAGUCUAACGGAAAAACUUAAAAAGAAUCAAGAGAAUACCGAUAUAAAGAAAGUUAAAAAUGAUAUAAUCACACCAUCAACUAUAAACAAAUUUGUAGAACAAAUACAACAUAAAUCUACACCAGUAGCGAGAAAAUCGCUUAAUUUUAGCAAAAAAUUUAUCAAACAAGAUGCGGAGGAAACUUUAUGUAAUUCAUUAACGGAAGAAGAAACAACACAAGAGAAAGAGUUUAUGAAUGAAGUUUUUCAAGAGGCAAGUUCACCGGAAUUUAAGUCUACGUCUGUAUUACGUGAGAGGAAUCGUAAGGUCGCAUUUUGCGUGGCAGGAUCAUGCUUGUUGUACAAACAAACCAACGAAUUGCGACAGCUAUGUAGAGACAGAGGUUGGCGCUUUGUAGAGGAAUACACAGACUGUGUAACACACCUAGUUAUUGGAGUGGAUGAAGAAAAUAAAUGUAAAAGAUCAUUAAAAUAUAUGCGAGCUGUGGCGGCAGGGAAAUGGAUAAUUGGGUUUGGAUGGGUAGAGAAAUGCAUACAAACCGGAAAUAUAGUAUCGGAGGAGGGUUACGAAUGUAUGGACAUGACGGGUGCGCCGGGGCCGCGGCGCUCGCGGCUAGGCCAGCGCGGCCUCUUCACUGGCAUCGCCUUCUACUGCAUGCCCAACAUCUCCUUACUGGACCAUCACAUGCUGAACGAGAUUUUAGUAAGUGCGGGCGGUAGGGUGGUGAGCGAGAUGAGCGAGGUGCGCGCGGCGGCCGGCGCGCCCGGCUUCGUGCUGGCCGAGCCCGACCACACGCAGGACUCUAAGUACGAAUACUUGGCGAUGGACAUGGGCAUAGUGCCGGUGCACUGCGAAUGGGCGUUAAACUGCCUCGGACAGUAUGCACUGGCGCCGCUCGAGCUACUGUGCUCGCCCGCGCUGCUGACCCACACACUGGAACACUGGCCUCAACGACUCACAGCACUCAUACAAUAGUAUACACAUCUUCAAACAUCUCACUUGCCCCGAAAACGCAGUACGCUGUUCACCUUGAGCCGACAAAAUAUUUGAAAAGACUUAUACACUUUUAAGAUCACAUUACGUCAUUUGUCACUUGUUAUUUUAAUUAAUCGUAAAAGUUAAAAAAACAUUUGAUAGUAUCAUUGUUCAAUGAAUCAUUGUUUAUGUUUUUAUUAUAUUGUGAAAUGUUUUGUUUUUUAAUUCAGUUUUAAACAAAUAUUGUUUUUUACACCACACAAAUUACAAUAAUGAUUCAAAUCAUUUUAGUUAAAAUGUACAAAUUUUGUGUAAAGCAACACUGUAAUGGUUACGUAAAACGUUACUAAGUGUAAGUUACUCUUGCUUAAUUUUCAUUAAUUGUUUUCUCAUUGAAGGACCGACAGUGGCAUAAGUACACUUGCAUAAGUCUUAUUUAGGGACUCAAAAACAGAAAUACCAUUGAUAAUCAACAUUGUUAAUGUAAAAUGUAAUAAUUAUUUGUUAAUUUGUACUAAUUAUAUUUAAAUAUAUUGACAU